AUGGAUAAAAAGGUGAUAAUGCAGCAAGAAGAAAUUUUUUUUUAUAUCGGUAAUGUAAGAAAAUGGAUUGGAAAUCGGCACUUUGACUCACCCUCUAUAAAACGUCAUAUAUCAACUCGUUAUCAGACUAAAAUUAAUGGUUUUGGCUGUUUUAAAUCUGCAAACAACAUAAAUUAUUGUAUUCCAAUAAUGUAUCGACGAGUAGGUAGACUUGUUUACAAGGGUUCGAGAACAUCAUAUACAUUCAGUUUGGCAUUUGUUGAACAAGUGUAG